GGAGGAGACGCGGCAGGCAGUCUGGGAUCAGACGGGAGCAGAGUUGGCGUGGGGCGGGCGAGUUCCUGCGCCCGCUCUGAGGGUCGGCUUCCUCUCCCCCCUCCCGCACAGGGCGGGGUGGUGCGUUCCGAGUUCCCAGGGGUUCCAGGCGGGCGGGAGCCGGGGGGGAGGGGAGUGGCGGCGGCGGCGGCGGCAGCGGCGGGCGGCUCCCGCCUCAGCUUCGGCAGUGGCGUCGGCGACGGCGGUGCCGAAGCAGCCGCUAGCGCUCCGCUCACUAUCAGCCGGCGGCGGAGGUUCAAGAACUAGGAGUUAGGGACGCGCGCGCUGGUCCUUCCGCCGCCGCCGUGCUGCGGCCGAUACUGCCGCCGCCCGGAGCCCGAGGCGCCGGGUCCAAGGGAGCCGGUGGGGGCCGGCGAGGGAGCAAGCGGGCCGGGGGGAGGGUGGGGAAUGGCGCGGACCCCGGGACCGGCUCCGCUGUGUCCCGUAGGCGGCAAAGCACAACUUUCCUCCGCUUCUCCCCCCGGAUCCUGUCUCCUGCUGCCACCCCCGACGCCACCGCCGCUGCUGCUCCUGCUCUUCCCGCUGCUUCUCUUCUCCCGGCUGUGUGGUGCCUUAGCUGGACCAAUUGUUGUGGAGCCACAUGUCACAGCAGUAUGGGGAAAGAAUGUUUCAUUGAAGUGUUUAAUUGAAGUAAAUGAAACCAUAACACAAAUUUCAUGGGAAAAGAUACAUGGCAAAAGUUCACAGACUAUUGCAGUUCAUCAUCCUCAGUAUGGAUUCUCUGUUCAAGGAGAAUAUCAGGGAAGAGUAUUGUUUAAAAACUAUUCACUUAAUGAUGCAACAAUUACUCUACAUAACAUAGGAUUUUCUGAUUCUGGAAAAUACAUAUGCAAAGCUGUUACAUUCCCACUUGGAAAUGCUCAGUCCUCCACAACUGUAACUGUAUUAGUUGAACCCACUGUGAGCCUGAUUAAAGGGCCAGAUUCUUUAAUUGAUGGAGGAAAUGAAACAGUAGCAGCCAUUUGUAUUGCAGCCACUGGAAAACCAGUUGCACAUAUUAACUGGGAAGGUGAUCUUGGUGAAAUGGAAUCCACGACAACUUCCUUUCCAAAUGAAACAGCCACAAUCAUCAGCCAGUACAAGCUAUUUCCAACUAGAUUUGCUAGAGGAAGGCGAAUUACUUGUGUUGUAAAACAUCCAGCCUUGGAAAAGGACAUCCGAUAUUCUUUCAUAUUAGAUAUACAGUAUGCUCCUGAGGUUUCAGUAACAGGCUACGAUGGAAAUUGGUUUGUAGGAAGAAAAGGUGUUAAUCUCAAGUGUAAUGCUGAUGCAAAUCCACCACCCUUCAAAUCCGUGUGGAGCAGGUUGGAUGGACAGUGGCCUGAUGGUUUAUUGGCUUCAGACAAUACUCUUCAUUUUGUCCAUCCACUGACUUUCAAUUAUUCUGGUGUUUAUGUCUGUAAAGUGACCAAUUCCCUUGGUCAAAGAAGUGAUCAAAAGGUCAUCUACAUUUCAGAUGUUCCAUUUAAGCAGACCUCUUCCAUAGCCAUAGCUGGAGCUGUAAUUGGAGCUGUCCUCGCCCUCCUCAUCAUUGCUGUUUUUGUGACUGUGCUGCUGACUUCUCAAAAAAAGAGACCAUCCUAUAUGGACAAAGUGAUUGACCUUCCACCCACACAUAAACCACCUCCUGUGUAUGAAGAACGGUACCCCUCUUUGCCUCAAAAAGAGCUGUAUCAGACUGAACAUUUGCCUUUGCAAACUCAUUUCAAAGGAAGAGCGGGCGGCGGUCUUGAGCACUCUAACGGACUAAAUAGCAGGAGAUUUGACUAUGAAGAUGAGAAUCCAGUGGGGGAAGAUGGACUUCAGCAGAUGUACCCUCUUUGUAAUCAGAUGUGCUACCAAGACCAGAGCCCUGGCGAACAUCGAAGUGACGAUCCCGAGAGAGUCUACAUCAACCCUCGAGAGCAUUACGUGUGAUUACCCUGCUUCUCACGGCUGCUCUGACAAAUGCGAUUCCUAGACCAGGGAGAGAAACCAAGGUUGAUAGUCAUUAUGUUGUCCUCCCUCAUACAAAACGAUCCCCCUGCAAGUGUAUCAGAAGGCGCGAUGAAUGACGUGGAGCCAAUAGCAAAUUUCUUUCCUCCAAUAAGUGUUUCUUCACCCCCAGCUGUGUCUGUGAACUUGACUACAGCUUUGUGUGUUUCUGUAACGAUGGUGUUUAACUACUAACAUUUGGCCUGCGAUGGCAUGUGCAUUGAAAAGCAGACCAUCUGCCUGCGAUGCCAGCAGCAACGCUCCGUAAAGAAAGCCCCCGCUGGGAGUGCGCACCUCGCUGGAUCUCAGACAGGCCCCCUGUUCAUCCGUAACUCAUACAGGCAGAAAAAGGAGUGGGAAAUCCAUCUCACUAACUGUCUAGCUGAGAUUUGGCUUUCCCUGACAUACUUAAUAUAUUCACAAUACCUGUGUACAAAUCAGAGGCUUGAGGAAACAGGCAAAAUUUAUUCUCUACACAAAAAAACAAGAAAAGGCAGUUUAAAGCUUCAGGUCAUUUGAUUGUGUUUAGACUCUUGUGAUAUUGUAAUAUAUGUUUCUUCUUGAUCACUAAGGCCCUGAAGGAUACAUAUGUCUUUCCUGGGUGACAUAGCUGCCUCGUCUUGGGUAGUGGAGUGCCAACCACGGUCCUCCUCUCGCUCUGUCCUCGUUCCCACAGUUCUGCUCUUUACUAGCCAGAUUAGCCUGUUCCCACCUGCUCGGUUCUGAACUCCCAGGAAACAGGCCUUUUCCCUCUUCUGUGAUAUUGUGUACGACAGGCUCAGCUUUCACUACGGAAAUUUCUUUAGAACUGAUCCUAUCCACACAGGCCUUAGCCACCCUCUGCAUUCUUCGUACUACUUAGUGUCCGUGCUUCAUCUACCUCAGAAAAGCCUGCUGGUAAAUCACUGUGAAAUAACUCCUGUUUUUAAAAGACAGGUGGAAAAUUUGAAACCUUAAAAAAAAAAGUCACUUCGAUGUGGCGUAUGUGCCAAACCCACGUGUUGCCCUUGAUCCCCCUCCCCUACUUUAUAUGGUCAACAACAAGAACAAAGAUAUGACUAAAAAAAGGCCCUGGCCAGCCCUGACCAGUGUGGCUCAGUUGGUUGAGUGUCGCCCCGACAAAGUGAAAGGUCGUGAGUUUGAUUCCCGGUCAGAACACUCACCUGGGUUGUGGGCCCAGUGUCCAUGUGCAGAAGGCAACCAAUCGACAUUUCUCCCACACAUCCCUGUUUCUCUCUUUCUUCCUCCCCCCUCUCUAAAAAUAAAUAAACAAGAUUAAAACAAACAAAUGGAAAAAAAACAAACAAAAAACCCUGGUCAGGUAGCUUAGUUGAUUAGAGCAUCGUCCCAUGCACCAGAAAUUUGCAGGCUCAGUCCCCAGUCUGGGCACAUACCUAGGUUAUGGGUUUGAUCCCCAACCAAGGUGUGUACAGGAGGCCACUAAUUGAUAUUUCUGUCUCACAUCGAUGCUUCUCUUUCUCCCUCCCUCUCUCUCUAAGGUCAAUAAAAACAUAUCCUAAGGUGAGGAUUAAAAAAAAAGAUGCUAAAAAAGCCAGUAGUGACUAAGGUACCAGUGUAGCCUCCACAGCUCUAGUGCCAACUCUAGUGUCUGUCUUGAGUUUUCUCACUUGGCCAACUUUUCCUCACUGAGAGGCAAGGCAGGAAUUAAAGUGGGGUGAGCAGAGGAGGGAGCACAGGCACAAAUGUGAUCACCCUCCCUCACAUCUGAAGGAAAUGUGUGAUGCUACACGUAGUGAAGCAUCGUUCCACUGUGUGUUCUGGCAGAUUAGAGGUAUGCCACAGAUUUCAAAAAAAGCAAAACAAAAACAAAACCCUACAGACUUCUCAUAUAUUAGGAAAGAGUGAUAUAAACAGUAUAAAGUAGUACACAUUUCCAACCUAAGCUUCAAGGGGGCAGGAGAAUAGUAACAUAGAUAUCUAAUGAGAUACCAAAGAUACCUUGUGAUUCGGACUGUGCUGGCUCCAGUUCUUGCCUGUGUGUCGUCAUGCUUUGUCAGGGAAAGCAUCCAGUCCUUCUGCAGUGGUAAUACACUGCUCCCGUGACUUGGUGACCAGUGACUCUAGGAGAAAGAUGCUUAAGUUCUAACUCAACGCUUUAGCUAGGAAAUUCACAAUGUAAAGCUUAUAUGGGAUCAGAGAAGGUUAAGUUAAAGGAGUUCAUCAUCACCAAGCCCUUAUAUGAAAUGUUAAAGGGACUUAUCUAAGAAAUAGACGAUCAAAAACUAUGAACAGUAAAAUGACAACAAACUCCUAUCAACAACUGAGCCUGAAAAACAAAAACUAAGCAAACAAUGAGAACAGGAACAGAAUCCCAGAACUUGAGAUCACAUGGAGGGUUGUCAGUGGGAGGGGGAGAAGGGAGGGAAAGAAAGAGAAUACAGAGCAUAAUUGGUAGCAUAAAAUAGACAGGGGGAGGUUAAGAACGGUGUAGGAAAUAGAGAAGCCAAAGAACUUACAUGUAUGACCCAUGGACAUGAACUAAGGUGGGGGUGCUGCUAGAGGUUGGAGGGGUGCAGGGCAGAGGGAGGAUAAAGGGGAGAAAAAAUUGGGACAACUGGAUAGCAUAAUGAAUAAAAUAUACUUUAAAAAAAGUUAUAUGGUAUCAAAGGGUAAAUUCCGAGGACCCUCACUGCUCCCUCAGAGCUAGAAUUUACUGCCCUUUGCAGCAAGCUGAUACAGAAAGAAAAUAUUUGACUUUGAUACGGGGAAUCCCAUCAGUGAUUUAGUGUAACUGCAGGUGUAGGAAUCCUUGCAGUUGUUUUCCCAUAGAAAGAUGACUCUGGUCAGAGCUCUCCUUCACAGGGAGGUGUUCUGUAAAAUACUGAGUGUUACAGGAGAGGAAAUACUGUGGAGCAUCACCUCCUUUAGAAAGCUUUAGUAGUGUCUCACACAUAGCGGGUGGUUUCUUGGGUCCUGCUGGGAAGCAGGUUGUUGACUUAGUGUCAUAAAGUGCACCUGCGUCCCAGUGGGGAAUAGAGAUGGCUUCAUUUGCACUAGGGAAGGAGAUUCGGGAGCACUGGGUUUCAGGACCCCUUUGACCUGUGUGCAGUACCUUCCUUACCAAGAAGAACCCAAUACUGCAUUUUUCAUCAUCUCAAUGUGGUUAUGGGAAAGAAAUUUCAGGGUGUAGGUACCUCCCUCCCAGCCAGGUAGUUCAAUACCCUUUUUGCCUAUCUCUCCGGUAUGAUAUUUCUCUAAUGAGCAAGUAGAUUUUAUAGCCGUUGGCCCCUUACAAGCUAUGUUGCUCACCCUGGUGCAUCCCAUCUGCAUCUGUUCUCGCUAAAUGCUGAGUGAAAUAGAAAGGAGCUUUAAAAAAGUUUGAUCAACCAGCCCCCUCAACCAAAAUACACCCUCUAAAAUUAGCCUGUCAGUCUCUAAAUUUGGAGCCUAGACUAGACGAUGGCUCUUUAAAUUUGGAAGUCAGACUCACGAAGAUCCGUAAGUGAGGCUUAGGGAUGUAAGCCUCAGCUGGUACUGGAUGCUCUUCGGGUUUACUGAAACACACUGAAGCAGAGAGAAGUCCCAGAGUGCUUAUCCACUUACGGUCGUGGCCUUGCAUUUCGAGAGGCAGUGUGUGCUCUGUCUUAAACCCGUGCCUGUUUUGGAGGCGCCCAGGCUCCAGGAGUGUGCCUUGUUGCUUCAGUAGCAGGUGAUAACCAGUUCUUUGCAGACCACACUAGGAUAAAGUGUCUGUACGUACCCCUUAGGAUUGGGCGGACCUAAUGGGAUAAGAAUUUAGAUUAAUUCUUUAAUGGUGAUUUCUUUUUCUCUCUUCAGCAAGGGUUCCCGUCUAUGACCUUAUGUGUUCUAACUUUGAAGAAGUCCAUGCUCUUCGGGACAUGUGAUAGGAAACUUCUUAUCCCUGUUAGGCUUCCCUGUAACAUGCCCACAGAAGAUGCUAAAGAAAUGUGCUAGAAACGAAAUUAAUUGGUGCCCUCAUUAAUUUUUUAUGGCCCUGUUUACUCACAGAGACUCAGGGAUGACAGUUUCUUUAUCCCUCUUUGAGAAUGAUUUCCUAAGUCCUGUGCCACAGUAGUCUAAACUAUACUAUUUUGUUUUUCAUUAUUCAGUCUUUCCCUGCACUGUGCUGUUCUCCAAGUGCUAUUCUUAACAUAUAAUAGUCUCCCUUAAAACCUCUUAUUCCCUGGGGGAAUAGAAGACAGACCAUUACACCAAGAAUCAAAAGAACAGGUUCUGUCUACCCCAAGCCUCGUGCCUUUGAGCCAUAGAAAUUUAGACAACACUUAAACUCUCCAGGGCAUCAGCUGCCCCAGUGCAUACAGCAGAGAUGAUCACACCUUCCUCAGCAGCAACAUGGUGGGAGUCAAGUAAGACAGCAAUGGGUGGAAUAUCAUAAGUCUCUUCAAAUGCGGAUGCCUCUGAUUCUGUUGUCCUUGCAUGUCAUAACAAAGUUCGCAGCACCUUUGCCAGCUUUCGAAUACCCUAGCGUCCCCAGGGAGAAAUGUCAAAUAAAAGUUUCAGUUGGACCUAAUUUGAAUAUAGCCAAGUACAAGUGGAAAACAUUGCUUUUACUGUGACAAUCAUCUGUCAUAUGAAAAACUUGAUACCUGGGUUUUAUUGCCUUUUUGCCUAGAAUUGAAAAUGCACGUUGCUGUGACCAGUAGUUGCUCUUGUUUGACACGUUACUGCUAAUGACGGCCACUGUUACUGAGUUCGCAGCAUGGACUGGGCUCUAGGGCAAGCACCUUACAUGAAUCAUGUCCCUGACUGGAACCAAACCCCUGUUCCCUUCCCAGCAGCCCUGUGGGGACAGAGGGGCUCACGGUGACGCCUACACUGCAAGCCCAUAAUCACACUUAACGUCGGUGUUGCAGAUCCGUUUUGGGGAAUGAUGUUAGGGUUGAGGCUUUCUCAAUUUUUUUUAAAGCAGAGUUGAAGAGGGGAACAUGGACAAAUCAUAAGAAAUGUUCAUUAAAAUGAAAGCAAGAGCAUAUAUUCAUUUUAAGUACUUUUGAACUUCUCAAAAUGCUUGUUGAGUCUCAGACCCAUUAGAUUAACCAUAGCUGCAGAAAUAGCCAGCCAAAUAAUUAAAAUCACUCCAUUUCAGUUGGUUCCGCUUCAGUGGCACAGACUUCUAACACGUCAUCCUGAACUUAGUUAACUGCUCUGUUUAGUUUGCUCCACAAUGGUUGAACUCCCAGAAGCGGUGGCACUCCCGUAGCGGACAGUUGGAAAGAAAGUGGGCUUUGGUAGAAAGCCAGAAGAAUAGGAAGCAUGUGAAGUAGAAAUGUCACAGUUCUGUGUUUCUCUUCUUCCUGUGCUUAAUUGACAAAAGUCUUUUAUCCUUGGGAUGUUUGCGGAUCUUAUGGGAGAACUUAUGAGAAAACAGGGACUUCCAGUUGUCUGUUAACUAAAAACUGCUUUUCCAAGCCUAUUCCAUCACAGACUGUGACUGGAUUCACCUCAAUGCACCUGUAAAGGUAUCUGCAUUUCGUCCUUUAGAGAAAAAAAAAAUUGUUGUAAACUAGACUUAGCCAAUUUGGGCACUUGCGAUUAUUAGGUUGCUUUUGGAGGUCUUCAGUAGGCAGAGGUGGUGAAGGCUGUUGAUCCUCCUUCCCAAACCUUACCCAGUGGUACUUGACAUUGAAAUCGGGUUUUAGACCGACGUCCGCCUCAUCCACGUUUCUAAGUAAGCGCUAGAAGAGACGUGUUGUAACAGUUUACCUGUCUUGUGUGCCUGCAAAAGUCCCAGCUCCAUUCCAUUAAGGAAUUUAAUAAUAUCUUCAGUGAAAGGGUUAGUUAAAGAAAUGAAUCCAGUACUUUUCAGGCAGGCUUCAGUGUCCGGCACCCAAUUCUGUUUAAAUGUUAGGCACAGAAUCUAGGGGUCCCAGGGCUAGUGGGCUUGCUAGAUUCUCACACCUGUUCAAGGGCUGGACUGCCCCAGUGUUGGGGCCAAUCCACAUGCCUUGAUCACCGUUAAUUGGACCCUUGAAAACUGUCACUCGUUAACAAAGUCUCUGGUGUUGCACUACAGAAAAAGUUCUGAUGAGACUGAAGUUUUUCAAAUGCUAAGUAACAACCUUUGGGGGGUGUGUUUCCAACCAGGAUAUUCCAAAUAGUAACUAACCCCUCCUUAUUAAGACGAAUUAACAUAUGCCAAAAUAAUUAAAAUGCAUGGAAGGUAACAAUUUGCUAAGGAUUCCUCACACCAGGGGGAGGUAGAUGUAUUCACUGCCCUGAAGUCAGCCACCUGCCGAGCAGAGAACCUGCUGGCAUUUCUCUUUAGUGAAGGCUUUUUCCUUCUCAGGGGAUGGGGAAUGGGACAGAGGGAAAGAGGGCUACUUAACAUUUGCUGCUGAAAAAAUAAUUUGCAGUUCAUCUUUGUCCAUGGUGCAUGUACAAGGAAAACCUUACAUACACCAACAUCCCUGUAUUUCAAGCCCAUUUGACGAUACUUGUUUUGACAUUGUCUUUAAGAAAUGGUUAGAGAUAGGAAAAGGGAGGCCAUUUUUAACUCGACAUUGAAAAUAUUAGGUUUAUUUCUACUUUAUUUCCCAUACUAGCAUAUUCUCUACUCAAGUCACAUUUUGUGGAGAAACUGUCCAAAAUUCAGAUGACACUAGUGACGUGGAAUUUCAUUCUGUAUAACAGGGAGAAGGGAAACCACCCAUGACAAUUAAAAGGAUUCUUUAUGCCACUGGUUGGGGAAAAUUCCUUCCAUUGGUUUAUUCCCCAGAAUAUUCCAAUCAGUUUGGGGGAUUUAAGGCUAUGACGCAUAUCAAAUUACAUAUCUCCCUGCACCAAAGCACUAGUUAUAUAGUCUGUAUCCUUCCCUUCUAGCUGCAAGGUGCAGACUAAAUGCCUGGGUUUCGUGGGAAGAGAUGUUGGUGAACACUGAGGGAAAAUGGUAACAUUUCUGUGAACUGAAAAUGGGGGGGCCCUGUCCCCAGGUGCUCCUAGUCUGGAACUCUGCUGUUUACAGUUGCCACUUGUAAAGGGUUUACACAGGAGUCGUCAGUUGAGCCCAAGGAGACCUAUUCUUGGACUUUAAAGUAUUAUUAGGUUGUAAUUGCUGGCCCAAUUUUCCAUAAACAAAAAGCAGCCUUCAGAGGUCUUUCCGUCUUUCCAUCCAGGGCUGGGGGACCCGUGGGCCUCUGGGGUUUUUUACAAACACUACCAUUGAAGUUUUUACUAUCAGGUGCCCUAGGGCCUAAAUUGGGUGUAUUUAUUAUCAUGGCCUGGGAUUUAACUGUCGAUUAGAGGAGAAAGUCGAUUAGAGGAGAUCUUGAGGGAAAGCCUCCUAGGAACCCAGAACAUCGGGUUUGCUACACUGCUUUAGAACUUCGGUCUCUGCUGCUACACACUAUGCCUGUCGGCCUUGGGGAAAUGUUUUAUGUAAUCCCUCCAGAGGUCAGGAAUGUACUUCAAACAUUCACACUGUCCUUAAUAGCUCAUGGUGAAUCUAUGAAUCCAGGGUCGCAUAUGAUUUUCCAAGUGCCCUUGUUUUGCUUUUCAGUACUCUUCCUGAUGGCAACCAGUAUUUUUUUAAUCCAUCCUAACACAGCUAAAUUGAAUUCCUCUCGUAAGCCAUGUUGAUGGCUCAGUGUCCACCAUAUUUUAAUGACAAGCAGUGUAGUAUUUUGUCCUAAAUGCAUUAGUUUGCACUUGCCCAGAUAGUGGCUCAUUUGUGCCUCUACUUUUUCACUUGGUCUCAUGAGAAAUUAGUGCGUGAAUUCCCAUCAACUGAGCAUGUCGAUACCCAGAAGCACAUUUGUCAUCUUAGGUUUCAUUGUGUACUUGAAAUUCCAAGUCCUUUGUGAAAAAUGUUAAGUAGCUGGUGUUGCUACUGGAUCCCUGGAUUAUUCCAGCCAUCCACCCAGAAAAGUUCCUGUUUAUCCUCUACCUUCUGUUCUAUUUCCAAGCCAAUACUUUAAGACAUAACAUCUGCUCCAGCCUGUUCACUCUCCAUGUGGUCUCAACCUUUGCUGUGCUUCUCAGUUUCACACGCAUUAAGUUAGUGCUCUCUACCUCAUAGGGGUUUUAUGGAGGGAAAACUAAGAUGUUUAACAAUUGUCUUCAAGAGAGAUCCUACUUUUAAAGUGACUUUAUAAAAACCCCUUGGCUUAGAGAUGAGAAACUCUCUAUAGCUAUUAUAUUUUUUUCUAUUCAUGUAUUGCUAUUUUUAUUUCUGAAAAGUGAUCUCUGAAUAGAAUCUGUGUGCCAGCUCUUUCUUGCUAUUAACCCCUUCACACUGAGAGUGUGCUCUCUACCUUAUUUAUGUAAGUUCUGAACCUUUUACCUGUGGAGCCGAACUAAUUCUCCCACAACAGAGCUAUACUUUUAUUUCCAUCAUUAAACAAAUUAGUGUCUUCUGUGAAGAGGCAUCUGGCUCUAGACACAAGAAAUCACAAUCUAAUGAGGUCUCACUGCGGCCUCACGUGCCUUGCUUCUUCCUGUACAAACAAAAGUUAAUUCUGCAAUUUCACAGCACCUGGGUGUUGUGAGUCGUGCCUAAUAAAUGAUGAAAAGCAUUUUGCAAAUGUCCUGUGCUGUAUAAAAGUAUAGUGAAUAAUCUGGAGAGUCUUCAAGUAGAAAUGCAUUCUAGUAUAACUCAAUUCAGAAUACUAGUCCACUCAUUUUCAAGAGAAAUGUUUUGCUAAUAUGUUCUUAUUUUAGUGAAAAUUAGUUUCUAGUCAUUUGAAUAAUUUUUAUUUUGAUGUAUAGGAGGGAAUCAAUAGUACAUAUUAUUGAUUGUCAGAAAAUAUCCAGUUGUAUUUUCAUUGUUCAAACUGGAAGGGUUGCAUAACAGCGUAGUGAGUCAGGAGGAGGAUUCCAGCUCAAAUGUAGCAAAUAUAGAAGUACAAAGAUUGCCUUUCAUUCUGAGAUUAUGUUAAAAAUAGUAGAUGUUAAUGUUGUUUUAGAUAUCCUUUAUUUUUAAGUUACCAGAAAUUGUCUUUUAUUUGUACAGUUUUGAACUGUAUGGUUCUUUACAUGCUUUGAAUAAAGUUUUUAACAACUAAA